CCCCCCGCGCCCCCGUCGCGCCCCGUCGCGCCCCACGGGCCACCGGCGCUCUCCUGGACCCCCGGGCCCCGCCGCGGCCGCAGCUCCCUUGUCCCGCCCGCAGCGGCGGCGGCAACAUGGCCUCGGCCGCUGACGCCUCGGAGCCGGAGAGCGGCAGCAGCACUGCGGGCGGCGGCGGCCACCCCGUUCGGGCGGCAAGGAGUACCAGCGGCCGGCGGCGGCGGAGCGGAGGGACCCGGCGCGCCGCGGCGCUCGACCGGGAGUAUCUGCAGCGGCCGAGCUACUGCGACGCGGCGUUCGCCCUGGAGCAGAUCGCAAAGGGGAGAGCUACCGGGAGGAGAGCGCCGCUGUGGCUGCGGGCGAAGUUUCAGAGACUGCUCUUUAAUCUGGGCUGCUACAUUCAGAAAAACUGCGGCAAGUUCCUGGUGGUCGGCCUGCUGAUAUUCGGCGCGUUCGCGGUGGGACUACGGGCGGCCAACCUGGAGACCAACGUGGAGGAGCUGUGGGUGGAAGGUGAGUGCGGGUCCCCCUGUACCUCCCCGUUCCGUCCCUUCUCACCGCCGUGCGCGGGGCUGAAGGCUGAGCGGGCAGCGCGCGGCGGUUGGGGCGGAGUGCGUUGGCCCCGGGCGGCGCGUACCACUAACUCGCCCGCCGCGGGGGGAGGGUGGGAGGCGGGUUGCCCCCGUCGUGCGGGCGCACCGCGGGACAGGGAGCCGCGCGGAGGGUUGCGGGUUUCCCUUGCGUGCAGCAGGGCGGCGGACGCCGGGGCUGCCGCGUCUCUGCGGCCGAGAGACGGCCCGCGCAGGCGUCAGCUCCCCUCCGCCAUCUUGGGAGUGCGUGCGCCCGCGGCGGGGGGAGGGGGUGGGUUCGAGGAGCGCUGUGCGGGUGGCUGUGUGUGGUCCGGAGCUUGGACAGCAUUCAGCUAUGGGGGAGAGCGGCGGUCUCAAGUUGGUGGACGAGUGAGUCAGGAGUUAAACUACACACGGCAGAAGAUUGGAGAAGAGGCUAUGUUUAACCCCCAGCUCAUGAUUCAGACUCCACAGGAAGAAGGAACUAAUGUACUGACAACAGAAGCACUCCGACAGCACCUUGACUCUGCACUUCAGGCCAGCAGAGUACAUGUUUAUAUGUACAACAGACAGUGGAAGUUGGAACAUUUAUGUUAUAAAUCAGGGGAACUCAUCACAGAAGCAGGUUACAUGGAUCAGAUUAUAGAAUAUCUUUAUCCUUGCUUAAUUAUCACUCCUUUGGACUGCUUCUGGGAGGGAGCAAAGCUACAGUCAGGAACUGCCUAUCUAUUAGGGAAGCCUCCUUUGCAGUGGAUCAACUUUGACCCCUUAGAAUUCUUGGAAGAGUUAAAGAAAAUAAACUACCAAGUGGAGAGCUGGGAAGAAAUGCUGAAUAAAGCAGAGGUUGGUCAUGGUUAUAUGGAUCGACCUUGCCUGAAUCCUGCUGAUCCUGAUUGCCCAAUCACAGCUCCCAAUAAAAAUUCUACCAAACCUCUUGAUGUAGCCCUUAUAUUGAGUGGUGGAUGCUAUGGACUGUCAAGAAAAUACAUGCAUUGGCAGGAAGAGUUAAUUAUAGGUGGUACAGUCAAGAACAGUUCUGGUAAACUUGUCAGUGCCCAGGCGCUGCAAACGAUGUUUCAGUUAAUGACUCCUAAGCAAAUGUAUGAGCACUUCAAGGGAUAUGAGUAUGUUUCACAUAUCAACUGGAAUGAGGAUAAAGCAGCAGCAAUUUUGGAAGCCUGGCAGAGGAUGUAUGUCGAGGUUGUUCAUCAAAGUGUUGCACAAAACUCUACUCAAAAGGUGCUUUCCUUUACUACAACUACCCUGGAUGACAUCCUAAAGUCAUUUUCUGAUGUCAGCGUUAUCAGAGUAGCUAGCGGCUACUUACUAAUGCUUGCCUACGCCUGUUUAACAAUGCUGAGGUGGGAUUGUGCCAAGUCUCAAGGUGCCGUGGGGCUGGCAGGAGUCUUGUUGGUUGCACUGUCAGUGGCUGCAGGCUUGGGUCUCUGCUCACUGAUUGGAAUUUCCUUUAAUGCUGCCACAACUCAGGUUCUGCCUUUUCUUGCUCUUGGAGUUGGUGUAGAUGAUGUUUUCCUUCUAGCCCAUGCUUUCAGUGAAACAGGACAGAAUAAGAGAAUUCCAUUCGAGGACAGAACAGGCGAGUGUUUGAAGCGAACAGGAGCAAGUGUAGCCCUUACAUCUAUCAGCAAUGUUACUGCAUUCUUUAUGGCUGCCUUAAUCCCUAUUCCUGCUUUACGAGCAUUUUCACUCCAAGCAGCAGUUGUGGUGGUAUUCAACUUUGCAAUGGUUCUGCUAAUUUUUCCUGCUAUACUGAGCAUGGAUCUUUAUCGUCGAGAAGACAGGAGACUGGAUAUAUUCUGCUGUUUUACAAGUCCAUGUGUCACUAGAGUGAUUCAGAUUGAGCCUCAAGCAUAUGCAGAAAAUGACAAUAUUUGUUACAGUCCUCCACCCCCGUACAGCAGUCACAGUUUUGCACAUGAAACUCAGAUCACAAUGCAGUCUACAGUGCAGUUGCGCACUGAAUAUGAUCCUCAUACACAAGUGUACUACACCACUGCAGAGCCGCGAUCAGAAAUAUCAGUACAGCCUGUGACAGUGACUCAAGAUAGUCUUAGCUGCCAGAGCCCAGAAAGCACAAGCUCGACAAGGGAUUUGCUUUCCCAGUUCUCAGACUCCAGUGUGCAUUGCCUCGAGCCACCCUGUACGAAGUGGACACUUUCAACUUUUGCAGAAAAACAUUAUGCUCCGUUCCUCCUAAAACCAAAAGCUAAGGUUGUGGUUAUUUUUCUUUUCCUGGGCUUACUUGGGCUCAGCCUCUAUGGAACUACCCGGGUGAGGGAUGGACUAGAUCUCACAGACAUUGUACCACGUGAGACACGGGAAUAUGACUUUAUUGCUGCGCAGUUCAAGUACUUCUCAUUCUAUAAUAUGUACAUUGUGACACAGAAAGCCGACUAUCCAAAUGUCCAGCACUUACUUUAUGAACUUCACAGAAGUUUCAGCAAUGUGACAUAUGUUUUGUUGGAAGAGGAUAGGCAGCUUCCCAAAAUGUGGUUACACUACUUUCGAGACUGGCUACAAGGACUCCAGGAUGCAUUUGACAGUGACUGGGAAACUGGGAAAAUCACUUAUAACAGCUAUAAAAAUGGAUCCGAUGAUGCUGUUCUGGCUUACAAACUCUUGGUACAAACAGGCAACCGAGCAAAGCCCAUUGACAUCAGUCAGUUGACUAAACAGCGCCUGGUGAAUGCAGAUGGAAUCAUUAACCCAAAUGCUUUCUACAUCUACCUGACAGCCUGGGUUAGCAAUGACCCUGUGGCAUAUGCUGCCUCGCAAGCCAACAUCCGGCCUCACCGCCCAGAAUGGGUGCAUGACAAAGCAGACUAUAUGCCAGAGACAAGGCUAAGAAUUCCAGCGGCUGAGCCCAUAGAAUAUGCUCAGUUUCCUUUCUACCUCAAUGGAUUGCGUGAGACUUCUGACUUCGUGGAAGCUAUUGAGAAAGUGAGAGCUAUCUGUAAUAACUACACCAGCCUUGGGAUCGCUAGCUACCCAAAUGGUUACCCGUUUCUAUUCUGGGAACAGUACAUUGGGCUUCGUCACUGGCUCCUCUUAUCCAUUAGCGUGGUUUUGGCUUGCACGUUUCUGGUGUGUGCCCUCUUCCUCCUAAACCCCUGGACGGCUGGGAUCAUUGUGGUGGUGUUGGCUCUGAUGACUGUGGAGCUGUUUGGCAUGAUGGGUCUAAUUGGAAUAAAACUAAGUGCAGUGCCUGUGGUUAUCCUGAUUGCUUCUGUUGGAAUUGGUGUGGAAUUCACUGUUCAUGUUGCUUUGGCAUUUUUAACUGCCAUAGGAGAUAAGAACCGUAGGGCUGUCCUUGCAUUGGAACAUAUGUUUGCACCGGUGUUGGAUGGAGCUGUGUCCACUCUUCUUGGAGUGCUAAUGCUUGCAGGAUCAGAGUUUGAUUUCAUUGUCAGGUAUUUCUUUGCUGUUUUGGCAAUCUUAACUAUUCUGGGAGUUCUCAAUGGAUUGGUGCUGCUUCCUGUUCUUCUUUCAUUCUUCGGACCAUACCCUGAGGUUUCUCCAGCCAAUGGUCGAAACAGAUUACCUACACCAUCUCCUGAGCCACCUCCCAGUAUCGUGAGGUUUGCACUGCCACCUGGGCAUACAAAUGGGUCAGAUUCCUCUGAUUCAGAGUACAGUUCUCAAACCACAGUGUCAGGCAUCAGUGAAGAGCUCCAUCAUUAUGAGGCCACCCAAAGCCCUGGGGUACCAGUCCAUCAAGUAGUAGUGGAAGCCACUGAGAAUCCAGUCUUCGCAAGAUCCACUGUGGUACAGCCAGAGUCAAGGCAUCAGUCAAGUCCCAGACUGCAAUCAAAUCCAGAGGCUGGCACACAGCAGGCGUGGUGUCAGGGCAGACAACCCAAGCGGGAAGUGAGGGAAGGACUGCGACCACCUCCUUACCGCCCCCGCAGGGACGCUUUUGAAUUUUCUACUGAAGGGCAUCUGGGACCUAGCAAUAAGGAUCACUUGAGCCACAAGGCUCGUUCUCAUAGCAUGAGAAGCCCAGCAUUUGGUGCCAUGGGUGUUUCAGGAUCAGCCUACUGCCAGCCUAUCACUACUGUGACUGCCUCAGCUUCAGUGACUGUUGCUGUCCACCCUGCUGUGCACAGCCACAACUCUCGUGGAGGGAGCUUUCCAUCCUAUGAAGGAUACCAUGAAGACGACCAUGGGAUGUUUGAGGACCCCCAUGUGCCUUUUAAUGUGCGGUGUGAAAGAAGAAAUUCUAAAGUAGAAGUUAUAGAGCUUCAGGAUGUCGAAUGUGAGGAGAGGACAGCUGGCAAGAGCUCAGAAUAAGGCUGGUAAUUGAAGGGAAGAGGAGGCCAAAGAUUGAAAACUAUAUUUCCAGAACUUCUUGAAGAGAACUGCUCAACAUUGUAGAAGAGGACAUGCUGCAUCAGGACAACGGUUUACCGUUACUGUAACCUAUUGUAUUAUUUUGUUAAAUAUGUCUUUAAGUAUUUAAAAGAUGUACACAUAUGUAAUAUACAAGAAAACAAUGUAAAGUAGUAUAAUCUGGAGUCAUUUGGCUUCAGACAACAGAGUGGGGACAUUAUCAUUUGUGCUCAUUAUCAUUGUACAUUGUACAUUGAUCUCUGUGCCACAACUAAGCUUAAUCUAGUUCUAAAUUUCAGCAUAAGUUGCUGCUGCUUAAAUAUUGUAUAAUUUACUUGUAUAAUUCUAUGCAAAUAUUGCUUAUAUAAUAGGAUUUUUUUUUUAAUUUUUUUUUUUUUUUUGUAAAGGUACGUGUCUGUUUAAAAUAUUUUAAAUCGGUGUAUCACAACCCUGUGGUAGUAUGAAAUGUUACUGUUUCAAACACGCUAUGCGUGGUAAUUUUUUAAAAUAAGCAGAUAUGAAGAAAAGCACGUUAAUCUUGGAGGCUUAAAUAGGUUUAGCUAUGUGAAGUUUUUGUUUUGCUGUAUGUAUUGAUGUGUGCAUCUGGAGCUGUGCAGGCCUGCAUACGUACAUUCCUGGUGUACUGUAGUUUCUCUUUUACUUUAUGGUAACCUUCAGUGGGCUUAUGAACCCACUGAUGCUGAUGUGAGUCUGUCUUUCCCUCUUAGCAGGCAGUAGUGAAAACUACAUUGGUGUUUACUACCAUAUACCAUAGACUGCCAUCAUCAAAGGCCCGGGAUAAAAUGGAUGAGAAGAUGGGGCCAGGGUUUGGGAUUGUGGGAUUGGGAUCCCACUUUCCACACUAUUAAUGACUUGGUUUAUGUAACUGUGGUCAAGUCAUAUAACUGCCCUGUGCUUCAGUUUCUGAUUCUGUGAAAUUAGUAGAAUUAUACUUACCUACCUCCCAGGAGAGUUAUGAGGCUUAAUUACUGUUCACAAAGUGCUUUGAUGUUUUUGCGAAAGGUGUCAGGUAAGUGCAAACAACUAUGACCAUUACUUUGUCAUUUCCAAAGGUGCUGGUAGUUAUAGAAAUUCCAUGAAUUUUAUCUUGAUGUUGAUACUGUUAACUCUGAGCGGCAUUAGAAGCUGAAUAACGGAGUUGUAAGAUGGGUGGCCACAGCUCAGCUUUGUCCUUAUCAAAGCAGUAUCUUCUGUUGCUUUAUUUUCAUGGCAGGGAGGAAGUUAAUAGUAAGUGAUAAAAAUCAAAUGGAAAGAUAAAAAAGUAUGUAAAAAUCUUCUGUUUUCAUUUAUUAAGUAUAAAUGGCUUUCUAUUGGGUCCAGGGCUGUAAUUAAUGACACACAAAGCCUGGGUUGUUCUUUUCUCUGUUGUUUGUAUUUUCCCAUGCUGCAUUGGCACUUUUUAAUUAAAACAGCUUAAUGGGGAUCUCUUUGCAAAACUAAUUUAGCUUUUUGUAUUAUUAUUUUUUAACUAAAGAUGGAUUGCUGCAGGUGAAGGGUCUGAUAAAAAACAACACACUACAAUAUGUGUUCUGGUUGGAAAGAAACUCUAAGAAUGGAGAACCUUAAUUUAAAAUAUGAGAAGGAAAGUUUUCAUUUUCUGUCAACCACCUUCUCCAUCUGUUUUUCUGCCCUUCCACAAGCUGAUUUUUAAAGCAAGUAGAAAUGCAAAUGUAUUUUCAGAGCCAAAUAAACAUGGCCAGCAUUCAGUUUCUGAACGCAGUACUGGUGAGGCUUUUCUGCAAGCGUGGUGCCUGAAUGGCAUCGGUUGAUUCUUGGAUGGGAAAGGGUAUUUCUCUGGUGACUUCAGGGAGUCUUACCUUUGCCCACAGACCUUCCUAGCGCAGCAAAUGGGGAUAACUAGAAUGCACAAGUUUCCAUGCCUUUUUGCUCACUUGAAAACACUUUGAUAUGAGGCACUUGUUUACAGAUCUCCAAUGUGAACGCUCAAAGAGCAGGUGAGAGCCUGGUAUUGUUCCCAUGAUACAUAAGCUACUGUUUCAGUGUACACUAAGGGUUAAUGUCGCAACUGCCUACUGGUCCAGUUCACUGUCUAGCCUGAAAAACCUUAGUGACAAAAAGAUGAGGGGCCCCAAUUUAGCACUAGCAGCAUAGUGACCUCAGAUCAUAAAAACUCUGCAACAAAACUGUAUGAUACUAAUUGGAAGCUACCUUCAACUGCCAAGUGUGUGUGUGCUCCCAUGUCAGCAGUCAGCAGGGCUCCCACUGACACCACUGCUGCCCGGCCACAGGGCUCAGGCCUUUCUCCCUCCUCCUCCUUGGGGCAGUAGUGGCCAGGAAUGGGCCAGGAGAGUGCAGCAUCUCCACCUGCUCUGGCCUUUUCCUCCUCCCACACACCUGUGCCUGAACAGCCGCCUGCUGCCCCUGUGCAGUGUGUGCCUUCUUUCCAACAUCAGUCACAUUGGCCAAGGUUGAACUCAGUGGCUGGCAACGCUUAUUUGAGUUUUGUUUUUUAACUUUUUAAAAUUGUGGGUGAUAUUUAUAUUUUUGUAUCAUAAGAAUGUUUUCUUACAGUAUUUGUCAUGCCAGUUUAUAACAAAUGAAAUGCAGGGAUUUUAUUUCUAUUGGAAACACUAUUACAGCUAUGUUUUUACUUUUUAAUGGAUUUUUAUUUGUAUAGAGUGCUUACUAAUGUUAAAUAGGAAAGAGUAUAUAACAUUUACAUUAAGAACACUUUGUAGCUUUUAGCGUAAGGAGUUAAAAGGAAAAAAUAUUCAAACUGGGUCUCAUUGCCUGCCUGUUUUGGUAGGAGUGGGUUUGUGUCAUUUCAGUUACAAAGAUAAAAUUAUACCAUAUAAUUUAUUUAUAUGAAAAUUUAUUUUUGUAGUGUACAUAGUAGUCAUCAAGUCUUUUGACAAAAGUAUAUUUUUAAAGAGUUAUAUGUAAUGAUGAUACCAAUAUGUUUUGGAACACUGCUGAGAUGUGAUUACGGUGCACACUUUUUCUUGUAAACCCCCUAGCAGAAAAGAAAGUGUUUUAACAGUGUAAAGAGAGAGUGUGAAUAUUCAUUCGAUUCUGAACUGUGUUUUAGUUACCAUUUGUGAUCUAGUGUGGUUCUCAUUUUAAACUUUGAAUGGAAAGUGUACAAACUCUCUAAAUAUUAAUGUUCAAACACUGAUAGAAAUUCUAACAUGAAUAAAAACUAUUGUAACUUA